AUGCUCGAUGUGCUUGCGGCGAGGUUCUCCGUCCACUUUCAUACGCAUAUCACACAGAAGUCUAAGCAUCUGCGACAAUUGCGCAUAUUCAACAGGUUCGAGAUCACUUCGAUGCGGCUCAUCGCGGAAAGUCCGCAUGCGUCUUAUCUUCCUCUGGAGCCCAUGGUCAUCAACAUCGAUGCCGACCUCAGGGAUCUGGAGGUGUACGAAGUUUUCGUCGAUCCGUAUACAAGGUACAUGGUAUGCAUUCACGUCAUGCCUGACAAUCUGCGCCGCCUACGACUCUCCGGGAAAUGUGGAUUCCCUUUCUCCCAGCUUCUGAGGCGGCCCGCCAGAAACCUCCGCCAUGUCGUGCUGCACGCCGUCGACUGCACGGAAUUCGAUCAAAUACCUCUGGGCGACAUCUUCAUGGAUGCUCCGCUGGAGUCGUUUGCCUUCUCCAUGGCCGGUCGAGUGGACGGGCCGUUGUCGGGACAACAUCUCCUGUCAUUGGUGAACGGACCUGGGCGAAAUCUGCGCAAGCUCGUGCUGCUCGGAGCGAACGUGGCUACACCUGCUUUAUCCGAAUGCCUCGACAUGCUCUCUUCGAGCCUCGAGUAUCUCGCGUUAGCGAUCAUUGUUACGGACGAUGCUCCGCGAAUCAACCUCAUGCGGCAUCUCCCCUCGCAGUUAAUGACGCUGAAGAUUCAGGUCAGGCAUGUCGAAGGGCGCCCUAGCGAUAUCGGUUUGGAGACAGAUAGGCAAUGGUGCCACGCGCUCGAACGAUACCUGAGGGACCGGAAUAGCCCCAUGCAAGUCGUCCACGCUUUCUUCGGACCGCAACUGGCUGUCGAGGAUGGCCUGUUGGAACGUUGGAAGACACUCGCCGAAGAGAAACGCUUCCGGUUAGACUGGGGCCUUUGGGACCGAGCAGAAGCAUUGUGAUCGUACGCUUCAUGCUGUCGGCGGAGACGAAGUGGAACCGGAUGGGAUGCAAAGCGCUAACGUCGAAGCAAGUUGGGAGGUCUGUUCCGCCGCGCGUGGUCUGUUCGGGCACGUGAUCGUCUUCCGGGCAUCAGGCUGGUUCAGAGUCAGACUGUUUCCGGCGCGCGACAUCUCAAACGGCUAGGGAAGACUGCAGGCUGUGGUUGGAUGGAACCCAACCUUACGAUUCUUGAGAAUGCAUUGCGGUGGCCUAGUAUUGACAAACUCAAGAACAAGAGGCGCGCGUCGAGGCAUUACGUAACCAUCACCGCCAUUGUACUACUGUU